CUAUUUAGUGAAAAAAUAAGUGGUGCUGAAGGAACAAAACUAGAUGACGAAUUUCUUGACAUGGAAAGGAAAAUAGACGUUACCAAUAAAGCUGUUGCAGAAAUUCUUUCAAAAGCCACGGAAUAUCUUCAGCCAAAUCCAGCAUACAGAGCUAAGCUAGGAAUGCUGAACACUGUGUCGAAGAUCCGAGGGCAGGUGAAGACCACCGGAUACCCGCAGACAGAAGGCUUGCUGGGAGACUGCAUGCUGAAAUAUGGCAAGGAGCUCGGGGAAGACUCCACUUUUGGCAAUGCAUUAAUUGAAGUUGGUGAAUCCAUGAAGCUAAUGGCUGAGGUGAAAGACUCACUUGAUAUUAAUGUAAAGCAAACUUUUAUUGAUCCACUUCAGUUACUACAAGAAAAAGAUUUGAAAGAGAUCGGGCACCACCUGAAAAAGCUGGAAGGCCGCCGCCUGGAUUACGAUUAUAAAAAGAAGCGAGUAGGUAAGAUUCCAGAUGAAGAAGUCAGACAAGCAGUAGAAAAAUUUGAAGAGUCAAAGGAGUUGGCUGAAAGAAGCAUGUUUAAUUUUUUAGAAAAUGAU